AUGGAAGGCCAGCCUAGUGCCACUGGCACUUUCGCUAUCGUCGGGGCUGGCGUCUUUGGCUUGUCCACAGCCUUCCACCUUCGGCGCUCCCACCCAGACGCUAAAGUCUUUCUCAUUGAUCGCACGCGGGGCGACCGUAGCAACCGCGGAGCAGCAUCGAGCGACUUUAACAAGAUCAUUCGCGCUGACUACGGGGAUUCCCUCUACAUGAGACUUGCACUAGAUGCCCAGGAAAUAUGGAGAGCCGACCCCGUCUUCAGCCCCUACUACCACGAGUGUGGUAUGCUGUUUGCCGAGGAGAUCGGGAUGGGCAGGGCGUCCUUCGACAACUACAGGGACCUUGGAGUGGACACCAACUCCGAGAUCCUGUCCAAAGAAGAGGCCCUGGCGCGGUUCCCAGUCUUCCAGGAUGCGAACUGGUCAGGCGCCAAAGAGAACUACUUCAACCCACAGAGCGGGUGGGGAGAGGCCGACGAGGCCAUGGCGAGCUUCUUCAAAGCUACCUGCGAUACGGGUGUCACCUUCAUUGAGGCGACGGCCGAGAAGCUGAUCCUGGAUUCUGAAGGCAACUGCAGCGGCGUGGCAACCUCCGAGCACGGGAUAAAGCGCAUUGUGUAUGCUGACCGGACGAUUCUGUGCGUUGGGGCCUAUACGGAACAGUUUCUGGCCAAUACCGCACCGGAGCGGAGCGACCUGCAGGUUGAUGGGCGGCUGGUUGCCGCCGCCGCAAUCCAGUGCAAGGCUAAAUAUCCGCCCGAACAGGAGGAGACGCUCAAAAAAGCCCCCGUCCACUUCCUUGGCAUGUGGCACACUCACGGCGAGAGCAUCCCCCCAUUCAAGAACCGCCUCAAGUUCAACUGCGAGGUCAGCUUCACCAACAUGAGCGCCCACGACGGGCUGGGCAGGGAAAUUUCCGUGCCCCCUUCAGCCGAGAGCCAAAGCGCCUGGAGCCAGGACGUGCCCGAAGGGCUCAAGCAAGAGGUUGCGAACGUCGUCAAAAACACAUAUGGGAGCCAUGUGCCUGGGAUCAAGAUUGAGAGCUACAGAAUGUGCUGGGAUGCCGUCAGUCCGGACCAAGACUUCAUCAUCGACUGCCACCCCGCAUGCCAGAACCUCGUCAUCGCCAGCGCCGGCUCGUUCCACGGCUGGAAGUUUCUCCCCACCAUCGGCGAGUAUGUCGUUAAGAGGCUGUUUGGCACUCUCGAGGAGCCGCUCGCACGCAAGUGGGCGUGGAACCGCGAACACACAGGCUCAGCCUGCGAGAUGUACGAACCGACGCGAGACGUCAAGGCCAUUGGACCCUUUAAGGGAUGGCCAAAGACGGGGGGUGUCGGGGAUGAUGCUGCCGCCUGA